AUGUAUAGCAAUUUCAAGGAGCAAGCGAUAGAGUACGUGAAGCAAGCCGUACAGGAAGAUAAUGCGGGAAAUUACGCCAAGGCGUUCCCUUUGUACAUGAACGCCUUGGAAUAUUUCAAGACCCACUUGAAGUACGAGAAGAACCCUAAGAUCAAGGAAGCCAUAACCCAGAAGUUUACCGAGUACUUGCGCCGCGCCGAGGAGAUUCGUGCUGUGUUGGAUGACGGCGGUCCCGGGCCUGCAUCCAACGGGGAUGCGGCUGUGGCCACCAGGCCCAAGACCAAACCCAAAGACGGGGAGGGCGGCGACGGUGAGGAUCCGGAGCAGGCUAAGCUCCGGGCCGGGCUCAAUUCGGCGAUUAUACGGGAAAAGCCCAAUGUGAAAUGGAACGAUGUGGCUGGUUUGGAGAGUGCCAAGCAGGCCUUGCAAGAGGCAGUUAUAUUACCCGUCAAAUUCCCGCAGUUCUUUACUGGCAAGAGACGGCCAUGGAGGGCUUUUCUAUUGUAUGGGCCUCCUGGAACUGGGAAGUCAUACUUGGCCAAGGCUGUUGCAACUGAAGCAGACUCUACAUUUUUCAGUAUUUCUUCUUCAGACCUGGUUUCAAAGUGGAUGGGUGAGAGUGAAAAGCUAGUUUCAAACCUUUUCCAAAUGGCUCGUGAUAGUGCCCCAUCCAUCAUCUUCAUCGAUGAGAUAGAUUCAUUAUGUGGGACACGUGGAGAAGGCAAUGAGAGUGAAGCUUCUAGACGAAUUAAGACAGAACUUCUUGUGCAGAUGCAGGGUGUGGGAACGAAUGACCAGAAAGUUCUUGUUCUCGCAGCAACAAAUACUCCCUAUGCACUUGACCAGGCCAUUCGGCGACGUUUCGACAAGCGUAUAUACAUUCCACUUCCAGAUUUAAAGGCUCGACAGCAUAUGUUCAAAGUGCAUCUAGGAGAUACUCCUAACAACUUAUCAGAAAGUGAUUUUGAAAGCUUAGCUCGCAAAACUGAGGGUUUUUCGGGUUCAGAUGUUGCUGUUUGUGUUAAAGAUGUUCUCUUUGAACCUGUUCGCAAAACCCAAGAUGCCAUGUUCUUUUUCAAAAGUGCUGAUAAUAUGUGGAUACCAUGUGGACCGAAGCAACCCGGUGCUAUCCAAAUCACCAUGCAGGAGCUGGCGGCAAAAGGACUUGCUUCACAGAUCCUUCCACCUCCAAUCACAAAAACAGAUUUUGAUAAGGUGCUUGCUAGACAGAGGCCAACAGUGAGCAAAAGUGACCUUGAUGUCCAUGAGAGAUUCACAAAAGAGUUUGGAGAGGAAGGGUGA